UUUCCUCUGUCAGAAAUUCUGGAAAUCGUGGGAAGAAUGUAGGAAACGUGAUGAAGAGAGUAAGACAUGAACAGAUAAAUGUUUCUGUUCAUCACUAUUUGAAAAGGAGGCAGUAUUUAGAAAAUGAAACUUCUCAGAAAAAGGAAUCUAAAUGGGUGCAGAAUAUCAGUGAUAUGGCUGUGAAGAAUGCUAGUAAUGGGGAGGUAACUGUGGACAAUCUUCUGACCUUCAGUAGCUUCAGUGGGGAUGCUAGUGCCUGUGAUGAACAGUUCUCCAGGUUGAAAUCGUACAUAAACAGAGGAAGUGAACCAUAUAAAAGUCAGCUUCAGCCCUUACUUUAUCCUGUUUUUGUUCAUCUGUACCUAGACCAACUGUGUAAUGGUCACAAGACUCCAGCACAUAGAUUCUACAGUAAGCAUGUGAAGUUGUUUGACAAUGAGAAGUCAUACAGCCAGACCCUGGAGUCAAUACACAAGCUGUACAACAGUACUGAUGUCAUGGGCUGUCUAGAGGCCACAGAUUUCAGGGAGAAUAAAUUUAAGAUCAGGUUAUCUGAAGGAGCCUUGGAGUAUCUGCUGAGACAUCUGAAGCAUGAAGACAACAGCACAAUAUUUCAGAUUUUUAAUCAAAAUGUUAAACUGGAAAAUACAGUUGAGGAGGAGACAAAAGGGAGACUAGAACUGAGUGAGGGACUGAAUGUACCGAAGGAGGAAUCUAAAGAGAUAAAGGACGAUCCAGAGGAUAUAGAGGCCCUAGCGACAUUACAGCUGUCAAUCAAACAAGUGAGGGAGGGGCCACCAUGUCUACCCUCCAUCUGUUUCUACACAUUUAUUAAUGCUUAUCAAGGGUUGUGUACAGUUGACAUCUCCCCAGAUAAGACUUUACUGAGUGCAGGAUUUGAGGACUCUUCCAUCAAGUUGUGGAGCACCACCCCCAGUCUUCUCCAAUCCACCCCUCAAACAGUGGAUCCCUGUAAACUGUACAUAGCAGCCGACUACUGGAAUGUGGACAUCAUGGAGGAAUGUAAACCCCGGUACACUGAGACUGUGACCUUGAGGGCACACAGCGGUACAGUGUACAAGACCUGCUUCUCUCACGACUCCAAGUAUCUAAUGUCAGCCUCAGAAGACGCUACUGUGCGCCUGUGGGAUCUAGACACACACACUAACAGGGUCUGCUACAGAGGUCACAAUGCUCCAGUGUGGGACCUAGAUGUCGG